AUGCAGCAGUGUCCUGGUGAUAGCUGUAUCAGCAGCACGGCCACUGCUGGUUUGACUCAGAUUGUUGGACUUGCAUCAGAAGCAGCAGGGGCUGCACUAGCAGAGAGGGGUGCAGAAGCAGGAAACAUUGACAUGCAUAAGAGGGAAGCUGAGAAUCAAGAGACACCAUCUCGUUACAUCCCUUUUUCCCGCCCCUCUUCCCCCCCUCCCCCCCUCUGUUCUCGCCAUACACAGGUGCAGUGGAGUGUGUGUGCGGCGCUUUCCCUCUUCCUCCAGAACCCCUCCGUGCACCUCCCUUCCUCUCCCUGGACUGCCCCCACUCUCGCCACACUGCAGGCGCUCUUACAGCGCUCCACCAACUUCAAGAUUCGCAUCCACGCCGCUGCUGCCCUCAUCCAGCCAUGCGCCAGGGCGGACUAUGGCCCAGAAUUCGGUGCUAUCCUGCACGCCCUUGUCUCGUCGCUCGCCUCACUGGAUGCAGUGGAUGAACAGCAGACUGCAGUGGAGCAGCGGUACAAGCCGGUGCUGAGGGAUCAGCUGUGGGGUGGUAAUGGAGCAUCGAGAAGUACUAGCAUUGAAGCCACAGAUCACAGCGACACUCCUCCACAUGACUUCAUUUGCUUCACCUCAAGACCUGAGCAUCAUCCGGCCGAUGUUGCAGCAGCAUGCACAAUGCAUCUUCCACGCUGUGGAGUCCGCACGCUCAACAGCACUUCGUUCCUCUGCUCAUUCCGUCCCCUUUACAAGCAUUUCCGAUAA